GAUCGGGAUCGGGACUGGGAUCCGGACCCGUUGAGCGCUUGGGGGGACAGGAAGGCUUUGGGAGCUGUGGAGGGAGGCGGUGGGGUCCUGCCCUGGGCUACCCUAGUGCUGCCUACUACUAGGGUCUUGCUGUGGAGCCACUGGGGGCUGUGGCCCAAGCUCUGCCCUGCUCUGCUCUUUUCUCCUCUCCUUUCCUCUCCUCCUUGGCCGAGGAUGUUCUGCUAGAGGAGAUCACAAAGUCUGUGCAGGGAAUCUCCGAGUCCUGGACCCUGGCAGAGCUCAGAGUUACCUCACUGGUGGUUCUGUGCUUUUAGGGACCAUCUUCAGGGCUUAGCGUGGAGUCUCCCAGCUCACUGAAAGGACUUAACCAUGGCAGGUAAAAGUAGUAAACCCAAGCGUGCCAAAGGCAAAAGCUCCAAAAAGAAAGGGAAGAAGGCGGUGAAGGACGUGGAUAUCCUCAGCCCAGCUGCCAUGCUCAAUGCCUACUACAUCUGCCACAACGCCCCCGCCUGCCUGGAGUUGCGGGGCUUUCCCUGGCCUGGCUCCCCCAAAAAGAAGGGGAAGAAACGAAAGUAACCAGGUGGCUGGGAAGCAAAGUACACGAUGAAAUCCAAGCUCCCCGGUGAAGACGAGUAUUUUUUGAGUAUUAGACUCGUACUGACACCUCCAGUAGUUAGCUCAAACACGUUGCCGUAAUCACUGUUGUGUCCGUACAAAGACACUCUUACGUAGCUCAAGCAUAGAGUGACAAGUGGUGAGUGACGUCUGUGCCCCUGUAACUUCAGCCGUGGCCCUCAGCCCUCCAGUUCUGUGUGGAAUAAAAUGUUGUGCCUCA